GCUCCGGACGCUUUUAUUAGGAACAAAAGUGGUGUAGCUUGGUCGUUGCCCCGCGGCGAGAAUGGAAGAUUCUAACAAAAUAUAUAGCGGUGGCCGCAAUACUUAGCUUUGUUUAGACGAGACCAAAACAGAACCUGCAAAAUAACCUAGACGCCAAACCAGGCCAGUGCAAAGCAAAGCCCCAAAAUAAUCAAUGUUAGCUCCGUAUCCAUGGUAGCAUCCAGCGAAGUAAGCGAACGUGUUUGAAUGAAUUCUUUUUCUUUCUUUCUUUCUUUCCAUCAAGAGACACAAGGACGAGUAGGAUUGCAAGUGGGGGUGAAGGAGCCCCACCCCACUGAAAAAUCAGGGUGGGGAGAAGAUAGUAUUUAGUUUGUAAGACGUUCGUGGGUCUAGGAUUAUAGCUCACUUUAAGACGUGGAAAGUGAACUCGGGUUGGACCCGAAUUGUGAGCGGAUAUAAACAUACCCACCCUCCCAAGGACCCUCCACAGCUUCCUCACUUUGUUUUUUGCGAGGAGCCUCCACAGCUUUCUCACUAACCCACUCUCCCCCACUUUGGUCGAAAGCUGGAUUCAGGAGCACGGAAGGAACCCUCCGUAGAUCUGCUUGUUGGAGGCUUGGAGGGAGGGAGGAGACCCUUUAAUUUCAUUCCAUUGGAAGAAGCGACAAGUACUACAAGUAAUUGUGAGGCUCUGAAUCUGACGCCGUGCCGUGCCGUGCGUGCAGUAACAAAAUUGUCUCACCGGAUUCUCACGGGAACAGGCUUGUUGGCCUGAAUGGAACCUGCAAGGAGCACAACGUCGGCCGAGGGCGCAGACAUCUGCUUGAACGACCUGGACAAUCCGUCGACUCAACUGGCGAUCGACGCGUCAAGCUAUCCCAACAUCGACUUGGACAACCUGGACCUGGACCAGCUACUUCUCCCCAGCUCCCCUGAAUUGGCCAUCGACGGGUCAAGCUCUCCCAACAUCGACUGGGCCGCCGCCCUGGAAAACAUACCUCUAUAUAUCGGUCCGUGCCCUGAACCUGAAGUGGCAACCAUCGCUCCAAGUUCUCCCUCCAUCCUCCCCUCAGAUGCCGAAACCACCAUGGCGUUGGCGUCCCAAGGUGCGAUGAGUCGCUCAGAUUCGGAUGAGCAGCUCCACCGCGACAACACCUGUCUUCAAGUGGCGACCAUCGCUUCACGCCCACUCAGCCCCUAUGUUUCUGCUGCCCCGACCUUCACCUCAGAUGCCACCACAAGCAACAGCGGAGCGCCUCUGCGCCUGCCAAGUACAAGCACCACGCCGUCCCAAGGUGCAGGCGUCAAAAAAAAUGAAGAAGCUUUAGCCCUUCGUCUUUUUUUUGAGCUGACGAUCACUCUAGACUCCAUGCUGUGUAAACUGGAGUGUAAUCGGGAGCUUCUUUCAUCCAUGCUGUGUAAACUGGAGUGUAAAGUGCAGCUUCUUUGCUGCAUGAUGCAUAACCUAAUUGUCAAGUCGACGCUGAUGACCGGCUGGCAAAAGAAGGAGCAGACGAUCACAUAUGUUUCAAGCAUUCCGCGCACAAAGUUCAGUAAUCCUUCAUACAAAAAAGCUAUACCGGAGAUAUUACAAGUAUUAAGAGCAGCCUGCAUCAUACACGAGCUACCAUUAGCACAAACAUGGGCCGCCUGUGGUCAACAAGGGAAACGGUGCAGACGCCACUCAGAUGAGAACUGCCGAUACUGCAUCUCUACCAUUGAUGCAGCAUGCCACGUGAAUGACCCUCGGGUGCAGAUUUUCCAUGAGGCCUGCUCUGAGCACCACCUUCUGCCAGGGCAAGGGGUUGCAGGGAAAGCCUUCACCACAAACCAGCCCUGCUUCCUACCAGACAUGGGAUCUUCAGGUGAACAGGAGUACCCAUUAUCUCACCAUGCUAAGAUCUUCAGGUUAAAAGGUGUGAUGGCAAUCCGAUUAAGAACCACACGCACUGGGACGGCAGACUUCGUCUUGGAGUUCUUCCUGCCGACAGACUGUGAAGCAGAAAAUGAGCAGAAGACGGUGCUGAAUUCCUUGUCGGGAACCGUGCAAAGUCUAUGCCGAACACUACGCAUGGUUACAAACAAGGAGAUGCAGGACGACGCAAUGUGGGAAAUGAAUAAGAUCAGCUCGCUUGGUCUUCAGAAGAACAAGAAGGUGAAGAAAAGAAAACCAAUGGCACGAAGAUCACCUGUGUGGAAAAGCUUUACAGAGAUCAUAGUUGGAGAUACUGCUAAGGCUAAGUGCAACCAUUGUGAUCUUGAGCUUUGCUGUGAUUCAAAAAACGGUACAUCCUCAUUGAGAUCUCAUUUGAAAAGGUGCAAACUUAACCCCAAUAAUAGGAUCACUGGCCCCAUAUAAGCAAAAUACUGGGCACUUUGCAUCUGCGACAGGGGAUAGUAGUUACUGAAGCAGAGAAUAAUUUCAACUCAUGUUUUGUCUUGUGAUAUUUUAAAUUGACGUUAAUUCUACCAUAAGUUUUGGUAUGUGCGGUGUUCGGAGGUUAUGAUUUGUUGGAUAGCUGCCUUUUUCUCGAGAAAAGUGUACGGUUAUGAUUUGUUGAACACUUUGUCAAUCUUAUAUUUCAUUUUUGCAUUGGC